GAAGUUGUUUCUAUUUGGCUUUGUUUUUCUAGCUGUGACUUCUGCUGCUGAACAGUUUCUCCUCGCUUCCAUAAAUGCCCAAAUGUCCAGGCUGACAUGACUCUCUCGUUCUCCAGGGAGAGGCAGAGUUUGCCCGCAUCAUGAGCAUCGUCGACCCUAACCGCUUGGGCGUGGUGACGUUCCAGGCCUUCAUCGACUUCAUGUCCCGGGAAACAGCGGAUACAGACACUGCUGACCAGGUUAUGGCUUCCUUCAAGAUCCUGGCAGGAGAUAAGAACUACAUCACUGUGGAUGAACUGCGGCGGGAGCUGCCUCCGGAUCAGGCUGAGUACUGCAUUGCCCGAAUGGCACCCUACACCGGCCGCGAUGCUGUACCCGGCGCUCUGGACUACAUGUCCUUCUCCACGGCGCUCUAUGGCGAAAGUGACCUUUAACUUUUCUCUGUCCCACCACACGCUCCCUCCCCUCUCCCCCGUCCGACACGCCCUUCUUUCUCUUUGCAAAGCAGCCUCUGCUCCGCUCUUUUUUUGUGUUUCCCUGUUUUGCUUCAGAUAACAGAUCACGUUUUUAAGUGGGGGGGUGGGGGGGAGGACAUUGACACGGCACCGCCUACCUUGCCCUUGAAAUGACAGUUUACAAAAUUAUUUUGUGCAAAAAAGUUACGUUUUAAAAAGAACAGACAUAUUUUAUUAUAGAAAAAGGUAUUUUUCUCCACCAGAUUGAAAACUUAAAAAGAAAAUGUUAAAAUAUUGCACCAAAUAUUUUUUGUUGUGACAUGGAGAGUCGAGCACAAUGUUACAUUCCAUCCUUGCUGAAAAGAACCAACCAACAACGAAACGCCACUCGUUCUGUUAACUUCUACGUUUGCGUGUGUCUCUUCAUCACGUGUAUCUUGGGAGGGGGGAAGGCACACAAGUGCAUGUGUUUGCUGGUUCACUCAUUUCAUGAAAAUAUUUUAUGAUAAACUUUUGAAAUUGCUGUGUUUUCUAGGGAAAAAAAAUAAUGUACACAGCUCAUGUUUUCAUAUUUAAUUAAAAAAUACAAUAUGCCUCCUAUGUUUAUCAGUGCACAACUUCUUUUUGUUGCUGAGAGUUGUCUGGUUUCCGAACAUGAAGCUUGAGAGUCGAUAACUUUGAUAUUGCUUGUCACAAACCAUAUUAAAAAAAUUUCUUGUGAUAACAA